AUGGCCCAGACAUUAUUGAAGCACAUAUUAAUCGAUAAAGCCGAAGGUCUUAACGAAGCAAUCAAAGAAUUUAUUAGAAAGUACAAUUCAACAACUAAUUGCUCGAGAAAGCAGUCAAAUGAAAUAAACAGGAUUCAAACAAAACUUAAGUGUGAUAAAAUCAAUCUAAUUAAAGAAAUUACUUAUCUGGAAUAA